GAGGGGACGGCCCAGACGCACAUCAUCCACGGCCCCUCGGGACUGGAGGGACUCGUGAGCCGCAGCCCAGAAAUCCGGGGGUGGACAAGACACCACGUCCCCUCCAAUUCCCGUAAGCACCCCUUAGCCCAUCCUGCGCCCAGAUACCUCAGCUAGCCCCUCUCCCCCACUCUUUGCACUCCAAACUAAGCCGGGACAGACCUCUGCCGCCGCCGCUCCCCGCCUGCCACCUCCCUGUCCACUGAGGAUCCCCUUCCAGCUUGUCCACCCAGGCAGGGUGAGCCCAGAGGAGGCUCCUGGUCUCAGCUUCUGCACCGACACCGGGGCUACAGGUCAUCACGCCAGCUAGUCAGAACACCAUCUGGAGAAGCUCAGAGACCCCGUCUCCCUUUUCUCUGAGGGACUCUUUUUGGUGACCACAAAAGAAUUUGGUCACUUAGGACAAAGCUGCCAGAGCAGAGGAGACGGAAGCAGGCCGGCAUUCGUGGUGGAAACAAAGCUAGCAUGCCCAACAGACCUUGUGUGGUUGUCAGGAGCUCUGGACGACGGCUGGAGGCCCCACAGAGUCCCUGCAGGCGGUGCCCAGGGUGAUGUACCAACGAUGAGUGGGUGUUUUCCAGUUGCUGGCCUCCGAUGCCUGUCUAGGGUAUGUCGCAGCCUGGCUCGGGAAGCUCCUACCUCCCCAGGCCCCACUGCUUCUCUUGGUGCCCACUUCCUUCGGACUCUGGCAGAAACCCCACCCGCUGACGUGUUCCUCCCAGGGAAUUGGUCUUGGAUGUGCCAGCGCCUCUGGCCGUGGCCCGCUAACCAGCCUCUCCCCGGCCGGCUCGCGCCGCGCCCCCUCUCGCUUGCUCCCUCCUCCUCCUCCUCCUGCUCCUCUCCCCCCUGCUCCCAGGACGGCGGGAUGGCGGCGCAGGGCGCGCCGCGCUUCCUCCUGACCUUCGACUUCGACGAGACGAUCGUGGACGAAAACAGCGACGACUCGAUCGUGCGCGCCGCGCCGGGCCAGCGGCUGCCCGAGAGCCUGCGGGCCACCUACCGCGAGGGCUUCUACAACGAGUACAUGCAGCGCGUCUUCCAGUACCUGGGCGAGCAGGGCGUGCGGCCGCGGGACCUGCGCGCCAUCUACGAGGCCCUGCCCCUGUCGCCCGGCAUGAGCGACCUGCUGCAGUUUGUGGCCAAGCAGGGCUCCUGCUUCGAGGUCAUUCUCAUCUCGGAUGCCAACACCUUCGGCGUGGAGAGCGCGCUGCGCGCCGCGGGCCACCACGGCCUGUUCCGCCGCAUCCUCAGCAACCCGUCGGGGCCCGACGCGCGGGGGCUGCUGGCGCUGCGGCCCUUCCACACGCACAGCUGCGCGCGCUGCCCCGCCAACAUGUGCAAGCACAAGGUGCUCAGCGACUACCUGCGCGAGCGGGCCCACGACGGCGUGCACUUCGAGCGCCUCUUCUACGUGGGCGACGGCGCCAACGACUUCUGCCCCAUGGGGCUGCUGGCGGGCGGCGACGUGGCCUUCCCGCGCCGCGGCUACCCCAUGCACCGCCUGAUCCAAGAGGCGCAGAAGGCCGAGCCCAGCGCCUUCCGCGCCGGCGUGGUGCCCUGGGAGACGGCCACCGACGUGCGCCUCCACCUCCAACAGGUGCUGAAGACGUGCUGAGGACCGCGGCCUGCAGGGGGCGCCCGGGCGGAGAAGGGGGCGGGGUGGGGGCGGGGAGAUCGGGAAGUACAAAACCUAGUUUGCCUACUCCCUUUUCCCUUUCGCUUUGGUAUGUCCCUCCGGGAAUUUCGGGAACUCCGGGCUCGUCCACCUGGGGGCUGGGGGAGAGAGUUCGGAGCCAUCCCUAUCUAUGCAGUUAACCCGGCUCGGCCGCCCCCGCCCCGACCCAGUUCCACUGCAAUGUUAAAUUCUGGAGUCUGGCCCCCACCGGGGUGGUGCGCAUGCCUGGAAGGCAGCAGUGUUUUCCAAAAAGACCUCGCCCUCCGAACGGAGAGGCAGGGGUUCCCUGGCGGGGUGGGGGAAAGGAACAUCUCCCACUGCUUUCACUGCUGCCUUGGGCCGCGAAACCUUCCCUCUCCCCCAGUCUUCUGUCAAGGGGACCCCGGUCCCGAAAUCCUCCCGGCCGCGCCGCAGUCCCGGCGGGGAGACAGGAAGCCCUCUGCCGAGGGCCUCAGGCCUAGAUCUCGCUUCACCUAUUGCGUCCCCACACUACACCCUUUUUCCUUUUUGCCCCCCUUCCCGCGCCCGCCGUGCCAGCCUCCCCAAAGGGGGGAAGAAAAAAAAAAAAAAAAAGCCAGAGGGAACAGUCGCCUCCUGGUGGUGGAACGGGGUAGCGCACCGUCCGGCUCGGCUCCUUCCAGCCAGGGACCUCGCCGCGCGCGACGGUGUCUCCUCUCACCCCAGCCUCGUCUAUGCAGCAAAAGACCAGGGACUUUACCAAAGUCGCCCCGCGGGCUGAGCCCUCUGCGCCCCCCUCCUCCCGUAUGGAACAGAAAGCCAUGAUGUUUUCAAGCAGAGCCAGCGAAAGCCAAGCCCCUCCUCCCUCUUUGGUGUUCUACCGCUAUAAAGGAGGUGACGGGCAAA